CCCACCCACCCCUCCUCGUCUCUCUCUCUCUGGCUGCUGGGAGACACAGGACAGCCAGGCGUCCGAGCCAAGGGAAGGAGAAGGCGUAGACUUCCUCCAAACAUUUCCUCCGCCAUCUCUCCGCCUGCGAGACUCAAACAGAAAAGAGAGAGAGAGAGAGAGAGAAAGAGAAAAGUUUCCUGGGAUCUUCUGUGAGCGACAGGACUUUCUCUCCUUCUCCUCUAGGUCACCUGGGCGAUCCGACACAGGAGUAUUCCUUCCUUUCUUUUUUAAUCUUUUUUUUUAAAUUCCAUAUCCCCUUCCUCUGGACGCUUUUUUCGCAGACAUGGACUGGGGCACCGAUCUGUGGGACCAGUGUGACAUCAUCGACAAACACACGCUGUCGGGCCUCGACCUGGUGGAUCGCUACAUAAAGUUUGUGAAGGAGCGGACGGAGAUAGAACAGAGCUACGCCAAGCAGCUCAGGAGUCUAACGAAGAAAUAUGCCAAACGAGGGAGCAAGGAGGAGCAAGACUGCAAAUUCAGCAAUCACGCAUCUUUCCAGGAGAUCCUGAACGAGCUGAACGACUACGCCGGCCAACGGGAGCUCAUCGCCGAAAACAUGAUGACGGGAAUCUGCGUCGAGCUCACCAAGUACCUUCAGGACAUCAAGUCAGAGCGGAAGACACACCUGGCGGACGCCAAGAAGGCCCAGCAGAAUCUAGAGGGCAGCUUUAAAAACCUAGAAAGUACUAAGAAGCGCUUUGCAAAGGAAUGGGCGGAGGCCGACAAAGCCACGCAACAAGCGGACAAGACGGAAAGUGACCUCAAUGCCACCAAGCUCGAUGUGGAGAAAGCCAGGCAGCAUGCCCAUGCCCGCACGCACACGGCGGAGGAGUGCAGGAACGACUACGCAGCCCAGCUCCAGAAGUACAACAAGGAACAGAACAACUUCUACUACACAGAGAUACCACAUAUCUUCAAUAAAAUGCAGGACAUGGAUGAGAGGAGGAUCCGGCGGCUGGCGGAGGGAUACUGCAAGUUCUCGGACAUCGAAAAGAACGUGCUGCCCAUCAUCUCCAAGUGUCUAGAGGGCAUCUCAUCAGCGGGACUGAAAAUCCAGGAGAAACAGGACUCCUUACUCUUCAUAGAGCAGCAUAAGUCUGGCUUCGAGCGACCUGGAGACGUGGAGUUUGAAGACUACACCCAGGGAAUCAAACCAGCGACCUCCGACUCCAGCCUCAACCCGCCCAAAGUGCGCACCAAGCUGUGGCCUUUCAGCAAGAAGCACAAGAUAUCUCACGCUGAAAAGCACAUGCCGACGGCUUCAGAGGAUUUCUCUCACCUUCCUCCGGAGCAGAGGAAAAAGAGGCUGCAAGCGAAGAUCGAUGAUUUCGCCAAAGAGCUGCAGAAGGCGCAGGACGAAAGUGAGGCGCUGGACAAGAUGAAGGGCGUGUACGAGAAGAAUCCACAGAUGGGAGACCCGUCCAGUCUGGAGCCUCAGAUCACAGAGACCACACAGAACCUGGGACGCCUGAAGGGGGAGCUCGCCAAAUAUGAGUCGUGGCUGGCGGAGGCCGUGGGAGGAGAAGACUCCUCCAACACCAUCAACAAUAAUAUUCGACACGGCGUUGGAGCAGCCGACCAGUCCCACAACAUCUACACAGAGUUUGACGAUGAGUUCGACGACAUGGAAGCUCCCAUUGGCCAAUGCGCCGCUCUCUACACCUUUCAAGGCAACAGCGAGGGCACCAUUUCCAUCACGGAGGGAGAAAUGUUGAGUGUAAUGGAGGACGAUAAGGGAGACGGGUGGAUGAGGGUCCUCAGAGCCAGUGGAGAGGAGGGAUAUAUACCGUCGUCCUAUGUCAAAGUCAAUCCUUAACACACACACAUACACACUACACACACUACACACAAACUCACACAUACACACAGUACACAUUUAAAGCUUGUGAUGGAGGCGUGAAUGCAAAGUCAAUCCAGAUAAUUGGAGCAGUUCUCCUCGUCCUUUGUCUCUCGGCCUGUGACGUGUACAGUGAAAUGAUUAUAGAGCUCGAUGUCCCGGCCGUCUCUCUGGACUCAGAACGCCAGUCCUGUCAGCUCGUUUAUAGAUUUUUUUGUUUUUUUUUAAACCAAACUUCUGAAUGUAUUCCUGAACUUUAUUUUGUCACCUUGCUAAAGUGACGACUCGUGUUCAGCUUCACGGCCGCUCCUCCUUCACGCUGCUGUUUCUAAUCCCCUGCUGAACUUUUCCUGUGCCCGACUCCAGUCUUCUCCUGAAACCUCUUUACUGCAGCAAUAAUGUGACUUUUUUUUUUGUUUUUAUCAUAUUGAUGUUUGAUGACUUUGAACUGGAUGAAAACCACUACCCUCUACAGAGUGCACUAAGAAUAAUAUCAUUUUAAAUAUCUGUCUUCAAACAAUAUUCAGCCGCCCGUUUGCAAUAGAAACAGUUUUCGCUUGCUGAGACCAUUUCUCUUGAUAGUACUGGUCUGCAAUUGUCAAUGAGAAAUUCAAUGAGAAAUGCAUUCUUUGUGUUACUGUCACACUUGCAAAACACAAAGAGGGCGGUCCCCAGUCAAACAUGUGACAAAUUAAAGCAACUCUCUGUAGCUUGUACUGAGCAACAGCGCCCUCUGCAGCUACACUUGGUGACUACUUCUGUUAGGGUUUGAGUUAUUAAUGGGUUGAAAAGUCUCAAUCGCUGAACUGACACACAACUGAAUGGUUGAUAUUACCCAUGAUCCCCUGCUUCCUGAAACAGAAGAGCUGCCACUAACAAAACCAUUUUUAAAGUUUCCUGGCUGAAUAUCAGAGAAAACUCUUGUAUUUAAUAACUUAAAUAACUUUUUAACUGAUCUACAGUUCAGCUAAACUCUUAAACUCUCAGUCAGUUCCACACAGGAGAUCAAACCAACUCGCCAAAGUUGAAAGAACAGACGUUCAGGGUGAAGAGCAAACAUUCUCCACACUCAUUUUAGUUUUAAAUAUUUUAAGGUAAAUGCAUAGUGUUGCUUUAACUUCAAGUAAUUGUCAGAAUAUGUUUUUACUCGUCUCUCACAAUCAAAGCGCAUUAGGAAGGGAAUCCUCAUUGGCCAAUAUGUAAAAGAGGAUUCAUUGCAGAAAGCAGAAACUGUUUCAGUGCGUAUGUGGACAUGAGAUUGUUGUUAGACGUGAAACUAUCUUUUUAACUUGACAUCCUAUAUCCCAGCUCUUCUUCUACAAUUGCAAGAAAACCCUUCUUUGCGAAUGUUUUUGUGAAAUUCAAAAAAGCACAAAAUGAUCAAAAUUCAAAUACAGAAUUUAUCAUUUUUAUAAUUCCUGUGAACUGUCUGUAUUUGAGGUCGCGGCCUCAGUGCUGCUCCAGAGAUCAUUGCAUACCACUGAUCUUAUGACAUCUGAUAGUAGGUGCAACUCAAACAGUAGAUAGAAGGCAAUUAUUCAGUUUCACUCUCCAGUGUUGCACAAAGCGUGGCUGGGAUCUCGUUGGACAAUCUGUUUUGAUUUUCCAUGUUUAAAACCACCUGUUUUUAUAUUGUGAGCCUUCAGACCUCCAGCAUCGCACUCCUCCUCUUCCCAAGUCCUCAGAUACCACUUAAUUUAAACACACAUAUUGAAAGAACCAGUGAGAACAGGAUGGAUUUCAAAAGGGAUGAAAUGGGAGUUUUUGAGUUUUAGCUCCUGAGCUCCACAGCCAAGGGUGACGAAUUGUAAAGAAAUAUUUAAACGUGGUCGGAUUGUUUAAAGAAACACUCGAUGUGUUUUACAACGUGUGAAAUGCUUCUUUGUGGCUGAUCUAUAAUCUAUAAAUGUGCAAAUGUUAAUUCUCAAAAGUUUAAGAGCCAAGAUGUCUCCCACUCCACUGAAAAGGAUUCCAGUGUCAAGACGUACAAGAGAUUCCUCAGACUCGUCUUUCUGCACAGUGAAGGUCAAACACACUCGAGAGGCAACAAGACGCGACAUGAUUUUUGACUGGAGACUCCAGGUUUAAGAACAAACAGUUUACACUUUUCUCUCUGUGCCAUCCUGUCCUGCACUAGUAAAAGUUUUCUCCACAUUUUAAGGGGUUUUUAUUUUACAAUCCAUUUUUAAACUGAAAAUAUAUGUAUUACCUUGUAUCAUUUGAGUCAUAAAUUGGGAUUUAAGAAAAGAAAA